CUUUCGAACGAGUCGCGAAGAAAUCGCUGUAGUAAAGAGCGUUACUUCCGGCCUUCUUACCGCGCAUGUACAUAAAUAUGGCGUCCGCGACGGGGAAAGAUGGUGAGUGUACGGCGGGGUUUGUCGGAUCGAUAGCUCGCGUGAGAGUGCGCGAACACGUACGUCGGUGAUCGUCGCGACCUGGCCGCUACCGCGACUCGAGUAUCCGGCGAGUAUUACCCCGAUGUCAAUAGCGUACGUGCGUCCGUGUGACGAGCAUCGUGACCGGUAGCUCGUCAACGACUAUUUAAAAUCGGUCGCGUGUGUGUUUAUUUCGCGCGUUUCAUAGACAGGUAUCGUUCUCCAAACGGGGAGAUCCGAUCAUCUGGACCCGUUUCCCUAACGCGAGUGACUUUUAAUGCAUUAAGGUUAUGUUCGUGAUAGUUAGGCGGGGAAGUGACACUAAAGCCGGUAUGGAGUCUCGCUGAGACAAAGUGAUAUGUCCGUGAUGUCACGAGGCUCACCCUGGUGCUGGACCGCACCAGGGUUGAGAAGAUCCAUGUUUUUUCUAACCAUCAUCAUACUUUUCGGCUUGUUGUCUCCAGGCGUAUUCGGUGAGAAGAGUAAAAAAUAUCAAAUAAGCGACGUGUGCAAGAAGAAUUUCAUGCGUGAUCUCUAUAGAAAGAUAGAUGGGGCUGUUCUCAUAUCGCAACACGAGAAAGACCUCGACUGUACCAUCACAUUUCAAACCCAUAGCAUUCUUCAACGAUUUAUGCUACGUUUUGAUCAACUACAGUUGGACUGCAAUGAUCAUUUAUACAUCUACGAUGGUGCUCAUGCGGUCAGCAGUUACAAGGCAGACCUGUCCUGCAGGAACACGAAGCAAAGCGUGGGUGCAAUUUAUACCCGCACCAACUUCGUGACAUUGAAAUACGUCACCGACUCCUGGGGCACCAUCACGAACGGCUUCCGCCUCGUUAUCACAGCCGUCAAGGAUCCUAAGCACGCCUGCAAGGACUUCCGGUGUACUCAGAACGAAUUUUGCAUCGAGACGGACCUCCUUUGUGACGGUGUGAAUCACUGCGGCGAUGGCUCCGAUGAGGCUACCUCCAUCUGUGCCAAUUCCGAGACAUCAACAAUUUUGGGCAUGCAGAAGAUCUGGUUUGCAGUUGCCCUCGUUUUUCUGAUACUGAGCGUGGCAGGUCUGGUGACGGCGGCCGUUCUCUGUUUCUGCAGGCAACGGGCCACAACCCCAAGGCACCCCCAUAACGCGCACAACGCCCAGUCUCAUCCUCCAGUCAGCUUCCCAUGUGAGUCACAAAAAGCACACUCGUUCGCGUCCGCACACGGUUUAUAUUUCUUGUGUCAUCGUUGCUUAGCCAUGUUGCUCGGAUUCAACGCGAAGUUUCCCUCACGACUAGCCGGUACACAGACCACUCGCUUAGUUUCCUCUCGGCAGUCGAGUGAAACCGACCCCAACAGCAAGGAUCUUCAGCGUUCCCGGUGGUGGACCGGCGGACCAGCUGGGACAACGAACAUGGCAGCUCCGGUAGUUUGGAACGCACUUUAUGUUGCUCUUUCGUUGGUCUUGACCAGCCGAUCUUCCAUGGCUAAACAAACGGAGACUUUCGUCGUCAGCAACACCAUAGACCAAGGCGCAGGUGGAAAGGACUACUUCAUAGGACCUUGUUUGGUGAAUACCAAUCAGACCUGUCCUGACAAAGAGAUAACCUUCUUCCUUUACACACGGAGAAACUUCAACGAAAGCCAACAGAUUCUGGUGGAUGAAACUAGUUCAAACUUGGCCCAGACCAACUUUGACCCUUCGAAACCGACCAAGAUAGUGAUACACGGUUACGAUUCCAACAUGAUGCUGUCCUACCUGGUGGACGUUCGUAUGGAAUACUUAAAGACCUAUGACUACAACGUGAUCGCCGUUGAUUGGCAUCGUUUAGCAAAUGCUCCUUGCUACCCAAUCGUCGUGCAGAACGUACCUCACGUUGGAGACUGUUUAGCCCAGUUGGUCCAGAGACUGAGGGACACAGGGGUCCAGGACAUACACGUGAUAGGAUUCAGCUUGGGCGCCCAUGUGCCUGGCUUUGCUGCAAACACACUGCACCCCUAUAAGAUAUCUAGGAUCACCGGGCUAGACCCAGCCAUGCCUUUGUUCAUCACCGACGACAAGAGCAGAAAGUUAGAUGCUGGGGAUGCUGAGUUUGUUGAUGUAUUUCAUACAAAUGCAUUCAUCCAGGGCAAAAUUGAGAUGAGUGGACACAUUGACUUCUACAUGAAUGGAGGUAUCAAUCAGCCAGGUUGUUGGGACAGGUGGAAUCCAUUCGAAUGUGAUCACCAUAGGUCGGUGAUGUACUUUGCCGAAUCUAUCAAUUCCGAAGUAGGUUUCUGGGGCUGGCAAUGCGGAGGAUUCGUCAAUUACCUCCUGGGUCUGUGCCCACCGAGGUACCCAGCCACUCUGGCUGGGGAUAAAGUGGACAAGAAGAGGAGAGGCUUCUACCUGGUGAGAACCCAUGCUCAUAGCCCGUACGCUAUGGGGAAUUUCAGUGUUAACCAGUUGGAUAUGUACACGUAAAGUGGAGUUAAGGAUGGAGCGAUAACGGGAACCCAUGAUGGAGACCACAAAUACGUCUCAGAUAACUGUCCCAGAUAAGGAGACAAAAACAGGACGUGUGCGUGGGAUGAGAACGACUGGCAUGCUCGUGAACUCUUCGAGAGAAAAGUGUGAAAGUUCGUUGGUUGAAAAACGUGGCCCGUGUCAAGGUCAGGAGAUUCCAGGCACCUGGUGCCCUGCUAAUCGAUAUCGUGUUCCAGAAAGAAGUGGGGCUAACCUAAGCCGACUACACGUAUACGUUUAGAAGCCGAUUCUUUACCUAUUUGACGCGCCCAGGAACGAUUUGUAGCAAUUUAUGGUUGGUGGUUAUCAAAGUUGAUUUAAGCAUUUAUGGGGAUAAAUUAUUUGAAUAUGAAUCAUGAGGAUUUUUGCUUGGACUGAUUAGGAUGGUGCUGAUGAAAGCAUUUAAAUGACGUGACUCCUUUGUACAAUAAUUAUAAUUUAUCAACUGAUAACAUUAGUUCUUUUAUAUAACUGUUCUUUUAAUAAUAAAUUUCUUAAGGAUCCUUGAAAAUUUAACUGAAAACCGAAAUGGAGCAAGGAAAUGACAAAUCAUUUUUAAUUUUUCUUAUAUGCAUUAUUUUAGAUAUAGCUUUUCAAUAUUUAUAAUUUAAAUUUUAUAUUCAUUGUCAUUUCCUAUUGCAUUUGGAUCUUUCCAGGGAUUUAAUUGGCAGUGGUGACUUUUUUUUCUAUUUUAAGAUAUGAUUUAAAACUAAAUUGGUAUCAGCUCAACAAGGAUUAAUACGUAUACUGUAUAAGAUAUUAAUUCAACAAAAAUGGAGUUUUCCAUUCUAAAACAUCAAUGUAUUUUUACGACUGACAUCAUUUAAACGCUUGUGUAUAGUCAACGUUAUUGAUAGGAGUUUUAUGAUACUGACAAUAAGAUUGUUAUAAUUCUCUUACAUAACUGCUUAUGUAACGACGAUAUGUAUACCUAUCUAAUGUGCCAGUAAAACAACAGAAUUGUAUUUUAGUAUUUUACGUAUUAAUUCAAGAUAGAAAAGUGAAACGUAAUAAUCCUUCGACAAGGAUUGUAAAUAAUGGGUCAGUAUGAACCCAUUCCUAUCCUUUAUUCCUGUUUUAUUACUCAGGAAUACAACAAUCGAUCUUUUCAACUUUAAAGAUUAUUUGCCUGAAAAAUAUGAAUAAAUUAUAAAUGUAAAACGUACCGAAACAGUAUUUAUUCUGCACAAUGUACAAUGAGAAAAAUAAAUGAUCAUCCUUCGUCUCAAUA